AUGACAGAUCAGGAGUACGUGCUUUGCACGUGGAAGAAGCGUUUGUGGCCAGCAAAGGUUUUGUGCAGAACUGGAGCUGCUGGGAAAACAUCUGCUGCUAAUACAAAGGAGGCUUCUUUUGAACUUGAAAUACUUGGCUUGAAAGAACAGGUUAGUGUGGCCUGUGCAGACACUGUGCCGCUGGAGGAGGAACGCAUAGAAGACAUCGCCUCGAACUUGGAUGAAAGGAAUAAUCCAAGUGAUGCUGUGGAAGAACUGAAAUAUCGCCAUUCCCUGAAAAUUGCCCUGGAUAUUUUGAAUGCCAUUGGCUCUGCUGGACGACCACCAGCUUUGGAAGAAGGACCAAAUGCUCAGUUAUCCCAGGAGAUCAACGCGGGAUCUCUCUCCUCAACCCCCUUACGUAGAUGUCAAUCUCUCCUUCACUCUGAAGAAAAAUUGGAGCCUGACACUUCCAAGAAGAAACGAAAACAAAAAACCAACCCCAGCCUGAAGACUGAUACAAACCAACAAAACCAGAAAGGUUCUUUUGUUUUGGAGGAGAGUGCUAAAGCACGUGAAAGUGGGACAAACCCCUCCAAAUGCAGUGCUGGGGACUUGCACGAUACAUCAGACUCAGAUAGUCAAAAUUGCAAAGCAGCAGAAUCAAAAUCACUACAAAGACAGGAAAAAGUCAAUCCCAGGUCGUUGACAAAGUCCAAAACAGGAAACAAAAUCCCCCUGAAGCCCAAGGAGGACAAAAGCAGGCAAGGAAGAAGACCAGGAGGUGCAGGAUCACCUGUGUCAUGCAGGAAUGAUUUGCCCAAGGAUGAAGCUGGGGAAGGGCCUGCUCUGCCUGUCCCCUGCACGUCCGACGCAGCGGCGCCAGCCAGAAGGACGAGCACCAGAAACCAGCCCAGAAGGACCUUACUGGGUUCCUCUUGUAGAAGUGCCUCGGACGACUUGGAGAAACGCAUCAGCAGCGAAAGCGAAAGUCUAGCAAAGCAGUUGGCUGGACGAAAAAAGCCAGUGAAUUUGAGAAGGACGAACAGAGACCAGGAGAUGGGCGCAGCCGCGUCCUCCUGCGGGAAAGGGAAGUGCAGGAAUUGCCCUGAAUCCUCAUCUGGGCCUUCCAGCCAUGGGCCGCUCUCGGAUGGCUUCGCCUCCGGGUGUAAAGAGGAGGAAAACAAGAAUAAUUCGCCUGUUGUUAUGAGUCGAGUCAAGCAGUUCGAGCUGCCUGACUUUGAGGAAGAUGAAGGACUGGAAUCGUCUGACCUGUCUUCAAAGAUAGUUUCUGCAGAGAGUCUCUCCUGCCUCUCAGCUCUGGUAGAUGAAGAGGAGGAGGAUGAAGAACUUCCUAGUAUUUUAUCACGUCAAGAACCACAGCCAAUUGAAGAAGGGAUUUUGGUCUGGUGCAAAUUGCGAAGAUAUCCUUACUGGCCAGCAGUGGUAAAAAGGGUGAAGCGGAAACACAGAAAGGCGAACGUGCUGUUCAUAGAAGGGGAUACAAACGACAUGAGAAAAGGUUUUUCAGUGUCUCUUAGGAAUCUGAAGCACUUUGAUUGUGAAGAAAAGCAAGACCUCAUCGAAAGAGCCAAAGAAGAUUAUCGCCAAGAAAUCGAGUGGUGCAUUCGACUGAUUUCUGACUACCGAAUUCGAGUGGGUUGUCAUUCUUUUACGGGAUCCUUCCUGGAAUAUUUUGCUGCUGAUAUCAGCUACCCAGUUAGGAAGGAAGGUUAUAAAGGUUUAGGCCAAAUGUCCUUCCCCAAAACAGCAGAGGAAGAUGCUGAAGAGUCUUCAUCAGAAACUUCACCUCAGAAGCCUUCCAAGAAACUUCUUCCUGACAGAACAAGAGCCGCUCGAGAUAAAGCGAAUAAAAAGCUCGUGGAGUUCAUAGUGAAGACUAAGGGGGCUGAGGAGCAUCUCUUGGCUAUUCUGAAAAGCAGAAAACAAUCCCGGUGGCUGAAGGAAUUCCUGAAUUCCAGCCAGUACGUGACCUGCGUGGAAACGUAUUUAGAGGAUGAGGAACAACUCGACCUUGUGGUGAACUACUUGAAGGAAGUGUACCACGAAAUAGACACCAAGAACCUGCACCAGAUAAACGGAGAUGGGAUAAGAUUCAUCUCCGACGUGCUCCUGCCUGAAGCCAUCAUUUAUGCCAUUUCUGCUGUGGAUGACAUAGAUUACAAGAAGGCAGAAGAGAAAUACAUAAAAGGACCAUCUGUGAGCAAAAGAGAAAUCUUUGAUGAAGAAAUUCUAGAAAGAAAAAAGUGUAAGACCCGACUGGCAUCUGCAGACAGUGUCUAA